AUGGCUGACAUUGUUGCUAAUAACGAUCAAACUAGGGUGCAAAAGAUUCAUGAGCUUCGUAGAAAACUUGCCGAUCUGGAGACGAAAAUUGCGGCUAUUGAAACACUUGACAAUGCCAUUUUUACUCAAACGGAUCCAUCAGAUUUAGAGGAAGAGAUGGAUGGCGCUGAUAACACCAACCAAAUUCUUCGUGACGCCAGAGACAACUUUGAAUUCCAACUGGCAGCGUUCCAAUCUGAAGAAGAUGCUGCUACAGCUGCACUUGCUCCUCAACUUCCACUCGUUCCUGUCGCGCCAACUCCGUCCGCCAGUGCCCUUCCAAAAUUCGACUUACCUGUUUUCAAGGGAGACAUUCUUCUAUGGUCCAGUUUUUGGGACGUAUUUGAAGCAGAAGUAGAUGCGAAAAGCUACAGUGGCGCCACAAAAUUUAAUUUCCUUAUUUCAAAACUCGAAGGGGAAGCUAAAGCCGCUCUUCUUGGACUCACUUCAUCUAACGACAACUACGUCAAAGCCAAGGAUCUUUUACGUGAGCGCUACAGUCAACCAAAGAAAGUCGUUACUGCUCAUUUCAAGGCUCUCAUCAAUCUGCCCGUUGCAGCUUCAACCCGUUCCAGUCUCCGUUCCUUUGCCGAUCAACUCGAAUCCCAUAUCCGCGGCCUCGAAGCUCUCGGUACCACUCCUAACUCUUAUGGCGAUCUUUUGGUUUGCCUCCUCAUUGACAAGCUUUCUUGUGAUGUGCGUAGAAAUCUCACGCGACAUCAGGGCAACUCAGAGUGGUCUCUCGACGAGCUCAGAGCGGCCAUUAGAAGAGAGAUAGAUAUUAUGAGUGACAGCUAUGACCAGCUUACACCAAAUCGUCCGACAAAGCAAGUACUUUUCGCGUCAUCCCAUCCGGUUAAAAAGAAGUUAUGCCCUUACUGUUCAGGCGAGCACUAUCCAACACAGUGCAGUGAAGUAAGAGGGCCAGAAGAACGCGCAAAGGUCGCUAAGGUCAAAAAGCUUUGUCUAAACUGCCUCCAUGCAGGGCACACUAACAUUAAAGACUGCCCGUCUCGUUAUCGCUGCCAACGUUGUCAGCAACCUCAUCACACCAGCCUUCAUCUUGACAAGAAUACCUCCACCAACUUCCUUGCCAAGCCCUCUUCAACCCAUACUGGCUGUCUCCUGAACAAAAUACACUCAAAGAUCGUGGCAGCAAUCAAAACAAGUUCAAUGCCUUUCGUUUUUCUUAAAACCGCUGUAGCUACAGUUUGUUCCCAUUCAAAAUCUCAGCUCGCUAACCUUCUUAUUGAUGAUGGAUCACAGCUUACGUUCAUUACAACGCGUCUGGCGAAUAUUCUCCGGCUCCAUCCAAUACGACGAGUACUACUCUCUCUUUCCGGCUUCCAAGGUCUAUCUGGAGGAUAUCUAGACCCCAGCUACUACGACGUGGUCCAAUUUUGGCUAAACGGUCUUAAUGGCGAUCGUGUUCAAAUUCAGGCCGUGGUUCUUGAAACAAUAGUGGAACCAUUGGAAGACCCGUAUCGUACAAUCCUUUCUACGUUACCUCACCUACAGGAUCUCCAUUUAGCUCAUCCACCAACAACAAACACCCCAUUUACAGUGGAUAUCUUGAUUGGAGCUGACUCCUAUUGGUCAAUUGUUGAAGACGGCAAUAUUCACGGGACAGGCCCCACAGCAGUAAGCAGCUUUAUUGGUUAUCUAGUCUCCGGCCCACUUCCGGAUAAGUUUCUUUCCUCUCAAAACUCCUCCUACCAUAUCUCCGCAAUCCAACAUGAUGACGUCAGUCAAUUAUGGUCCCUAGAAGUUUUGGGAAUUGUUCCGGACGACGAAAGUAACGACUCAGCUGCGACGUAUCAGUCUUCGUGCAUCUCCUAUCAUUGCAACCGAUACACUGCGCGUUUGCCAUGGAAAACUGAACAUCCGGUGCUGCCGUCUAACUACCUAAUUUGUCAGCGCCGAACUCGCCACACCGUCCACAGCUUAUUGAAAAAGCCAAACAUGCUGCAACUUUAUAGCAAGAUCAUCCGCGACCAGUUGGAGGCUGAAUUUAUAGAAAAGGUGCCUCGUACUCUCCAAACUCCAAAAGGCUGCCAUUACAUUCCACAUUUUCCAGUUGAAAAGGAUUCUAUAACUACUCCUAUACGAAUUGUAUACGACUGCUCAUGUAGGACUCGAUCUGGAGCGAGCCUGAACGACUGUCUACUUACUGGUCCACCCCUGCAAAACAACAUGCUGCACAUUCUUCUUCGUUUUCGCGUUCAUCGCAUUGGGUUUUUCUCCGACAUCGAAAAGGCCUUCCAUAAGGUUCAACUUUACGAAGCCGAUCGGGAUUUUGUCCGUUUCUUCUGGCUAAGUGAUGACAACGAUCCAGAGUCUGACUUCGCAAUAUAUCGUUUCAAGGUAAUUCCAUUCGGCGCAAGUAGCAGUCCCUUCAUAUUAAAUUCGGUGAUCAAGAAGCAUCUACAACGUUACUCAUCCCCCGUCAGUACUGAUAUCGAGUCCAACAUUUACGUGGAUAACUUAAUGUCCGGCAGUGAAACUACAGCUGAAGCCUCGAUUUACUAUGCUGAAUCUAUUUCAACAUUUCAAGCUGCAUCUUUAUCCUUGCAUUCUUGGGCAUUCAGCGACGCAUCUCUUAACAAUCGCGCUAUUCUUGACGGGGUAGCCGACGCUUCGUCUCUUACAAAAGCUCUUGGAUUAUUGUGGGAUCGCACGACCGACCAACUACAGCUUCCACAUUUCAGCCUUCCACAGUUUUGUACGCCAAAAGCUACGAAGCGUGAUCUACUACGAGCAGUCGCCUCCAUCUACGACCCUCUGGGUUUUAUUUCACCGCUCUCCAUCCCGGCACGCAUACUUAUUCAACAAAUUUGGAAAGAAAAACUAGAAUGGGACGAUCCAUUACCUUCUCCCUUCGCUGACAAAUGGAACAGUCUGGCUAACGCACUAGUCAAUGCAAAACCAAAGAUUCGCCGUUCCUAUUUUGGAACUCGAUCUCGGGUGAACUCACUCCACGUAUUUGUUGACGCCAGUCAGCAAGCAUACGGCGCGGUUGCGUAUCUUCUGGAUGGUCAAGAUACAGCAUUCGUCAUGUCAAAGGCUAGAGUAGCCCCGUUGAAAGGAAAUACUCCACAGCUAACUCUACCCCAACUGGAACUGAUGGCGGCGAUUAUCGGCACUCGUCUGGCAACUACUAUCAUAACGGCUUUCAAGUCCCUUAACAUUCUUUUGGAGAUUUUUAUGUGGUCAGAUAGUCAAAUUGUUUUAUAUUGGCUUUCAAAAGCUGAUCGACUCAAAAAUCCUUUUGUUUCCAACCGCAUCGCCACAAUCCAAGCCUUCAAUCGACUUCAUCUGGCUACUUGGAACUAUUGCCCCACUACAUCAAACCCCGCAGACCUACUAACCAGAGGCAUUACUCUACAACAGCUUCAAGCAUCCCCAAUUUGGAUAAACGGACCCUCUUGGUUACCAUCUCGCGAAGAUUGGCCACAAUGGAGCGUAUCGAGGCUGAAUCAAGUUAAGAUCCUUCAUUUAAUGGACAUUUCUACCAAAACGGCUCCAACUCGUCUUCCGCUCACAAUCGAUAUCGCAAAAGUCAUGGACAUUAGCCGUUUCAACUGGACUUCUUUGAAGAGAACAACAGCUGUUUUAUUCCGCCAACUAUACAAUUUUCGCCAGAAGAAAGAAAAAUGGAUACAGGGAUUUCUAUCUACUAAUGAGCUCCAUCAAGCUGAGAUCAAAUGGAUUCACUCCUUCCAAUUCCGGUUCCUCGCAGCUGAAUACGAUUACCUCUGUGGUGACAAACGAGGACGCCGCCCUUCAUUGGUAUCUCAGCUGGACCUUUAUAUUGACAAUAAUUCCAUAAUUCGUUGCCAAGGACGUUUAACUAAUGCUGAUCUAUCCAGUGACGCGAAGAACCCUAUUCUUAUCCCUAAGAAUUCUAAGCUUUCGGAGAUCAUCAUACGAUUCUAUCAUGAACGUGCUCUACACUCUGGCGCAGCUUCCACCAUUUGUCAUAUCCGCCAACGUUUUUGGAUAUCCUCCAUCAGACAACAGGUGAAAGCUGUCGUGCGACUUUGUACAACCUGCCGCCGGGUGAACGGACCUCCAUACCGAGCUCCAAACUCAGCCAGUCUACCUAGUUUUCGCGUCCGUGGCGAUAGGGCAUUUGCCGUGACCGGAAUUGAUUUUGCCGGCCCAUUUCCCAUCCGAGCUCUACCUGGUCAGGAAGAAUCAAAAGCUUAUAUUUGCCUCUUCACUUGCACUACUUCCCGCGCCAUCCACCUUGAGCUGGUAGAGGACCUUACAACAGCUAAUUUCAUUUUAGCCUUUAGGAGCUUCAUAACUCACCAUUUCCAGCCGAGGAUGGUACUAUCAGACAACGCGACCACCUUUGAAAGCGCCGCCCGAAUGCUAAAAAGACUCUACGAGAGCACUGAAGUCGUCAAAUACCUUUCAGACAACCAAAUCGAAUGGCGUUUCAUCCCAAAGCGCGCCCCUUGGUAUGGUGGUUUUUGGGAGCGUCUCGUCGGUCUCACCAAAGAAGCUCUAAAGAAAAUGCUCGGUCGUACGCGACUCAAGUUUAAUGAGUUUCGCAUAAUCGUCGCGGAAAUCGAGACCAUUCUUAACGAUCGCCCUCUCACCUACGUGUCAUCCGAUUUGCGUGAUCCUCAGGCACUUACACCCUCUCACCUUCUUUACGGAGACCGCCUAACUCGCUUUCCCUACGAUCCAGCCACCGACGAAGAGCUACUGGACCCCACCUUUGGCGAGAAACCAUCUCAUCUGCUAAAUAUGUUUUCUCGUCGACAACGCAUUCUGAAGUCCUUUUGGAAACGCUGGCAGAGGGACUACUUAACCAGCCUACGCGAACGUCACAUCGUUUCCGGAAAACAUUUUGAAUCCAGCGCCAAGGUUGGCGACGUUGUACUAGUUCACAACGAAGGGCCUAGAAUAGACUGGAAGUUGGCCAUUAUAGAGAAGCUCAUCGUCAGCCCAGAUGGAGAAACCCGCAUUGCUGAAAUUCGCACCGCCGAAGGAAAGACGAACCGCCCCGUCUCAAAAUUAUAUCCAUUAGAAAUCACUGAGACGUCCGAAGCUUCUCCACAUUAUCCGAUUCAAACCGUCUCUUCAGAUCCAACUCCAUCACCUCGCCCCCCACGUCAAGCAGCCCUUGCAGCAAAGGAACGGAUCCGGUUAUUGGCGGAAGAAUAA